AUGGGACAUGAGGAGCAUGGAGGGACUUGGCACAUGGAAGCAGCUCAACUGGAUACGCAAAGGAAGAAGGGAGAAGCCAUCUUGAAGACCAGCUCGACCGUCUACUCGACCAACCGGUCGAGUUCCUCAACUCGACCGGCCAAGCUUCAACUCGAUCGAGCUGAGAAGUCAACAGUCAAACCCGAAAAAUCCUUCACCUUGGGAAAGGGUUGGCUAGGCAUUGAGAAGCCCAAUAUCAAGAGAAGCCUUGAUACAAGGAGUUUUAAGAGCUAG